ACUUUCAAGAUUUGCCCAGAACAGUCUUUGUGGACAAAAGAAGGUGAGUUUUCUGGAGCAUUCUGCAGUCCAAGUCCGGGCCUUCAGAUAAACAGCAGCAGGGAUGGGCUGCAGGAGUAGGUCGGUGAUCAGCAGCAGCAGCAGCAGCCUUCAGUCGGAGUUCCGCCGCAGCGGUGAGCGCGUCCCCCGGAGAAGACUCCAACAUCCUCCGCCAUGUCGUCCAUGUUCCGAGUCGUCAUCAAGCAAGUGAAAAGCCACCCAGCCCUGAUCCCUCUUUUCAUCUUCAUUGGUGCGGGGUCAGCAAUGAGCACGCUGUACCUGGCCAGACUGGCUCUGAAAAACCCUGAUGUCUCAUGGGAUCGCAGAAACAACCCUGAGCCCUGGAAUAAAAUGGAACCCAAUCAGCAGUACAAAAUGUUUGCAGUAAACAUGGAUUACUCCAAACUGAAGAAGGAUCGACCUGACUUCUAAGUCAGCGGGUUGCCUCAUUCCGCGAAAGCGAGAAGUUGUCUACUUUUAUUUUUUGUCGAAAACAAACACCCGUGAAAUGAAAAUCUAGUUGAAUUAUUUUUAUUCACGGGUUAAUUUUCAGAAGGGAAGGGAGUUCUUUAAUGUGCAGAUAUAUAAAACAUACUGUAUAUAAAAAAUAUAAAACAGGCUACCACCUGUUUCCUAUUUGCAGAUGUAUUGUUUUGUUUGCAUUUGUUGUAAAUUAAUUAUUUAAACAAUCA